UACAGUUAGGUUCUUAGCGUCAGAUACCAGAGAGAAGAUUUGCCGUUCAAUUAAAGCAACACAAGAAACGGUCUUUCUGCAUCUUAUAUCGGACUCCUUUCCAUUAAAAAUUAACAAGAAAUUGUUUUUAUCUUGUGGAUUAUUAUUGGAUUUCCAUUUCUAUUUGGAUUUGACUGUUUCUCUCUGCUGUUUUCAUUCAACAGGGAAAAAAGAGUUUCACCAUGAAGUUGACAGGAAUAUUUCUGCUGUUGAUGCUUUGGACCUGCGAGAGCGUACGAGUUGCAGAGAACCGUGACGACAAUAGCGUGUACGACCUGUUCGAGCUGGUCCAAGUCUCCAAGAAGAACCACGGAGUGACCCUAGUGAAGGGCGACGACCCAUACAGUCCCGCCUACAAGAUCCUCAAUCCGGACCUGAUCCCCGAGCUCCCCGAGAGUUCCUUCAGGGACCUCAUCGAUUCCAUCCACGCCGAGAGGGGCUUCCUCCUCCUGCUUAACUUCAAGCAGUUUAAGCGGACCAGGGGCUCCCUCUUGACCGUGGAGAAGCGGGACGGAUCCGGAGCCGUGUUCGAGAUCGUCUCGAAUGGAAAAGCGAAUACCCUGGAUGUGGUUUUCUCCACCGUUACUAAGCAACAGGUGGUCUCGAUAGAAGAUGUGGACUUGGCGACGGGCCACUGGAAGAAUAUUACGCUGUUCGUGCAGGAGGACCGCGCGCAGCUGUAUGUUGGCUGUGAGGAGGUGAACACGGCUGAAUUGGACGCUCCCAUCCAGAGCAUCCUCACUCAGGAGACUCCCGCCACAGCGCGCCUCAGGAUCGGGAAGGGAGCGGUGAAGGACCGGUUCAUGGGGGUGCUCCAAAACGUGCGCUUUGUUUUUGGAACCACUUUGGACGCGAUUCUGCGCAACAAGGGAUGCCAAAACUCUGUUCAGACUGAUGAGAUCGUCCUUAUCGACGACACCAUCAAUGGGUCCAGCCCUGCCAUUAGGACGGACUACACUGGCCACAAAACUAAAGACCUGCAGAUGAUCUGUGGGUUCUCCUGUGAGGACCUGGCUGGCAUGUUCAAGGAGCUGAGGGGGUUGGGAGUGGUGGUGAAGGAGCUGUCCAAUGAGCUGCGCAAAGUGACGGAUGAGAACAAGUUUUUGAUGAACAGAGUUGGGAUCCACAGUGGAGUCUGUCUGCACAACGGCAUCGUCCACAAGAACAAGGCCGAGUGGACCGUCGACGACUGCACCGAGUGCACUUGUCAAAACUCUGCCACCGUGUGCCGUAAGAUCUCGUGCCCCCUGAUCCCUUGUGCCAACGCAACCGUGCCCGAUGGAGAGUGCUGCCCGCGCUGUGGAACACCGAGCGACUAUGCGGAGGAUGGAUGGUCCCUGUGGUCUGAAUGGACCCACUGUUCCGUGUCUUGUGGGCGGGGCAUCCAGCAGAGAGGCCGCUCCUGCGACCGCAUCAACAACAACUGCGAGGGAACCUCCGUCCAAACCAGGGACUGCUACCUUCAGGAGUGUGACAAACGCUUCAAGCAGGACGGUGCCUGGAGCCACUGGUCCCCCUGGUCUUCCUGCUCGGUCACCUGUGGGGCGGGUGUCAUCACCCGUAUCCGCCUCUGCAACUCCCCCACACCCCAGCUGGGAGGCAAGGACUGCCAAGGAGAGGGGAGACAGACUGAGAAGUGCACCAAGUCACCCUGCCCCAUCAACGGUAACUGGGGACCCUGGUCACUAUGGGAUACCUGCUCUGCCACCUGUGGGGGAGGAGCUCAGACACGUAAACGUCUCUGCAACGACCCCGCCCCUAAAUAUGGUGGUAAGGAGUGCCAGGGUGACUCCAAGGCUUCUCAGCAGUGCAACAAGAACGCCUGUCCCAUCGAUGGCUGUCUGUCCAACCCUUGCUUCCCUGGGACCAAGUGCACCAGCUUCCCUGAUGGAACAUGGAGGUGUGGAAAAUGCCCCUCUGCUUACUCUGGUGACGGCAUCAAGUGCAAGGACAUUGAUGAGUGCAAAGAGGUUCCUGACGCUUGCUUCGUAUUCAAUGGAGUACACCGCUGUGAGAACACUGACCCUGGCUACAACUGUCUGCCCUGUCCCACACGCUACUCUGGACCUCAGCCCUUCGGCAGGGGAGUGGAGGAAGCCACCGCCAAGAAACAGGUGUGUACACCACGUAACCCCUGCCUGGAUGGGAGCCACGACUGCAACAAGAACGCCCGCUGUAACUACCUGGGACACUUUGCCGACCUCAUGUACCGCUGUGAGUGUAAGCCCGGCUAUGCUGGAAAUGGACACAUCUGUGGUGAGGACACGGACCUGGACGGAUGGCCCAACCAAGACCUGGUCUGUGUGGAGAACGCCACAUACCACUGCAAAAAGGACAACUGCCCCAACCUUCCUAACUCAGGCCAAGAAGACUACGACAAGGACGGUGUUGGUGACGCUUGUGACAACGAUGAUGACAAUGAUGGUAUUGCUGACGACAGGGAUAACUGUCCGUUUGUGUACAACCCCAGGCAAUAUGACUAUGACAGAGAUGAUAUCGGAGAUCGUUGUGAUAACUGUCCUUACAACAGCAACCCUGACCAGACAGACACAGACAACAACGGAGAAGGAGACGCCUGCUCUGUGGACAUUGACGGAGAUGGCAUUCUGAAUGAGAAAGAUAACUGCCCGUACGUCUACAACGUGGACCAGAGAGACACUGACCUGGACGGUGUGGGAGACAUGUGUGACAACUGUCCGCUGGAACACAACCCUGACCAGGUUGACUCUGAUGACGACCGUGUGGGAGAUAAGUGUGACAGCAACCAGGACAUCGAUGAAGACGGCCACCAGAACAACCUGGACAACUGCCCCUACAUCCCCAACGCUAACCAGGCCGAUCACGACAAAGACGGAAAGGGAGACGCUUGCGACCACGAUGAUGACAAUGACGGGAUCCCAGACGAGAAAGAUAACUGCAGACUGGCCUUCAACCCUGACCAGAUCGACUCCGAUGGUGACGGUCGAGGAGACGCUUGCAAAGACGACUUUGACCAAGACAAUGUGCCUGACAUCUACGACGUGUGUCCGGAGAACUUUGACAUCAGCGAGACAGACUUCAGAAAGUUCCAGAUGGUUCCCCUGGACCCCAAGGGAACGUCCCAGAUCGACCCCAACUGGGUGGUCAGACAUCAGGGCAAAGAGCUGGUCCAGACCGUCAACUGUGACCCUGGCAUUGCUGUUGGUUUUGAUGAGUUCAACUCUGUGGACUUCAGUGGUACCUUCUUCAUCAACACAGAGAGAGAUGAUGACUACGCCGGCUUUGUGUUCGGCUACCAGUCCAGCUCCAGGUUCUACGUGGUGAUGUGGAAACAGAUCACACAGACCUACUGGAACAACAAACCCACCAAGGCUCAGGGAUACUCAGGACUGUCCAUCAAGGUGGUCAACUCCACUACUGGACCUGGAGAGCACCUCAGGAACGCUCUCUGGCACACUGGCAACACCACAGGACAGGUGAAGACUCUUUGGCACGACCCUAAGAACAUUGGCUGGAAAGACUUCACAGCCUACAGAUGGCACCUGAUCCACAGACCAAGAACAGGACACAUCAGAGUGGUCAUGUACGAGGGGAAGAAGAUCAUGGCUGAUUCUGGGAGCAUAUACGACAAGACGUACGCAGGCGGAAGACUAGGCCUCUUUGUCUUCUCCCAAGAGAUGGUGUACUUCUCAGACCUCAAGUAUGAAUGCAGAGAUGCAUAAUUGCACAGAGCAAGAAGCUCUUGGAACAAUGCACCUUUCUGUAUAAAUAUGAACAAUAUGUAUUCAGAUGAAAGUCCAGGGAUUGUUUUUUUGUUCUGCUCCUCUUUCUUCUGCGGCACGCACACUGGUGGGACCGAGGGGUAGGGCCUGGUGUGGUCAGCCUCAGGGUAAAUUGACACUGGUUGGACAAAUAACCAUUUGCUUUGCCUGAACGGGAGACCGACCAAUGUUACCAACCAACGUUACCAACCAACGACACCGACCAGCCGAUCUCUCUCUGAUCUUAAAGACCUCAUUCAGCUCUGCGCAGGAGAGGCUACCCAUAGUCGACUAUGCACUUCCAUACCUUUACAUCUCUCUCUCUCUCUUUCUAUCCAUCUCUCUUUUUCUGGAAUGGACGUCCCAAAGAAAGACCAUGUGAUGUUCUGUUUAUAAAAAAAAACAGAUCUACCCGGAUGUAGAUUCUGAACGAUACGACUCUGAGGAAGUGGGUUUUUUUGGGGCUCAGAAGAGGAAGAAAGCAAUAAGACUUUUUUCACAUUAAGUUUUGUAAGGAAAGGGCUUGUGGCCAUUGAAAGUCAGCUGCGUAACAACAAGAUAUGGAGGGACGGUAACUUUGUGUGGAUGUAUGUACGUUUAUGUGUUUAAAUAAGAAGAAAGUGCUUGCUUUUACCCUUCUAUAUGCGUACCCUUAGAGAAAAGUAUUUCAGAGACGAAAGAAAACAAACCGAAAUUAAAAUGAGCCAAAAUAUUUUGGGUCAAAUACAGGAUUGCUUAUAGGCUUUUAUGGCUGGCAUUAGAUUGAUACUGUGUUUCAGUUGAAAGUGAACACAGUAUAACUCAGGGUAAGAUGGGAGUGACCAUCUUAGCAUUGCAGAAAUGACAUGGGAGGGCCAUGUAAAAAAGAAAUGACAUGGGAGGGCCAUGUAAAAAAGAAAUGACAUGGGAGGGCCAUGUAAAAAAGGGCAUUUCCAGAGCCAGUAAGCCCAAGACAUUCUGUCUAUUAAGACACGUGUCAUUUUGAACAUUAAAUGUUCCAAAUAUUCAGUAUGUAUUUAUUUUCCAAAAUCUAAAAAGAUACAAUUUUGGGUAAGAUUACAAAACGGGGAUCUCCCUCAUCUUUAGAGGCUUUACACUUGAAAUUUAAUUUAUUAACUCUUGCCUACAAUGUAGGUGCCAAACAAUUACAAUACUUUGAGAACGUGAGAGAUUCCCCCCAGUGUUCCAAUGAGUCAGUCAGACUGGUGUCUUUGGUGUCAAAGGUGGGAUUCUACUCUCCUCCCCCUCUCUCUCCCUAUAAGGAAACCGUUAUAGGGGUUAGAAUCCAGCCAUGGUUAGAGCUAAGGCUCCUGAAUCAGUGUGGUAUGUAUGUGACCUGUGUGCCUUUUCUUCUGAGAGAGAUGAACAAACAGAGGAACUCUUUGAUCUACAAAUAUUACCUCAUUGCUGUUGUAUGAUUCAUUUGAUCAAACAAAAAAGUAAUUUUGUUCAUUGUAUGCUUACAGAAUACAAAUUGAUCGACAUCUUAUUGCUACUGUAGCAUGAGUCUGUAAAUAGUAUUACUUUUAUUUUCAAAACAGAAUUCCCCCCCAUCCAACACCCCCCUGCAGUACAUUUUUUUACACAUAUUUGAAUUUUUGCUUUCAUAUAUGUCCUUUGUCCAGUGCUCUUUUUAAUGAAUAAAUUAUUAUUCUGUUUUGUUCUGUCUUUGCUGUUCUGUGUGUGAGAGGUCGAUUUGUGUGUGUAGAUAAAUGCUAUUUAAAUAAUUUAUCAGGAUUCGCUGCCUGAUGAAGGGGGCGUAUCCGUAUGUAUAAACGGUUUGCACACUGACGCGAGGAUGUUCUGUUCUUCAUCGUCUUUACUUUGAGUUUUUCGCUUUAUCGCUACUUUUACAAUUUUUACCAUUCUUUUCUGUACAAUUUAGUGAUGCUUGUUGUCUGUAAACAUUUUUUGCUUAGUUGUACAAUGCAACAAAAAAAAAUCCUGUUUUUAUCCAUAGCAAAUAUUUUGUUACAUACUUCUGAAACAAUAAAUAGUUGUUCAAAUCCA